AUGCUGCGCAGUUGCUCCCUCGCCCUCCUAGCCCUGCACGGCGCGAGUGCCCUGCAGGUCGCCAAGCCCGCAAUAUCGACGCGGCGUGCGGACGGCCUCCGCUCCACCGCCAUACUCGCCGUGUCUGCGACCGACGAAGGCCAGGCUUCGCUUCCCUCCUCCACUGCCAACCUAGUCAAGUCCAUCGUCGGCUCGGGCGUGCUCUCGCUACCGGUCGGCCUCGCCGCCUUCAGCUCCUCGCGCGCGGCCCUUGUCCCGGCGCUCGCUCUCCUCUCCGUCGCCGGCACCGUGUCCGGUUACUGCUUCUCGAUGGUGGCCCGCGUCUGCGCCGCCACCGACUCCUCCUCCUGGGGCGAGGCCUGGUCCAAGUCGGCCCGAUGCCAGUCGUCGCGGGCGCCCGUGGGCGAGAAGUCGUCGUGGGUGCCUCCGGCCCUCAUCGGCCUGCUCACGCUCUCGGUCAGCAUCCAGUACACCAUGGUGAUCGGCGACUCCUUCUCCUCCAUCUUCUCGGCGCGACGCCCCUCCUCGCUGCUGGCGUGGGGCCUCCCUGCGCUGCUCGCGAGUCGGACGGGCGCCAUCGCCGCCCUGACGGCCUUUGGCACGCUGCCGCUCUCGCUGCUGCCCUCGCUCUCGGCGCUCUCCUUCACGUCGGCGCUCGGCGUCGCCGGACUGCUCUACACCGCCGCCUUCAUGGUCCUCCGCAUGUCCUCCUACGGGCCCGGCUCGGCGCUGCACGCCGCGGCCGGAGGCUUCGCGCUCUCCGCCGCCCUGACCGCCGUCGUCAUGGCGGCCGGGUUCCUCACCUUUGGAGGCGCGUGCGACGGCUUCAUCCUCAACAACUACGCGCCGACCGACCGCCUCGCGCAGCUCGCGCGCGUCGCCAUCGGCUCGCAGAUCGUCUUCACGUACCCCUUCAUCCACGUCGGUUUGCGUGAUUCGGCGCAGGCGCUGCUCGCGUCGGUCUUCGGGAAGGCGCCGGCGCGCGUGCCGACGACCUUUGGCAUCUUCGCCCUCACCACCGCCAUCGCCAUCUCGCUGACCAACCUCGGCCUCAUCGCCGCCGUCACCGGCGCCCUCGUCUCCACCUCGAUCGGCUACGUGCUGCCGAGCCUCAUGCUCGGCCAGACUCUCGCGCGGCGGGUCCGCGCGGGCGGCGCCUCUCGCAGUGACAAGCUCGAGCUCCUCGCCGCGCGCGGCAUCACCGCGCUCGGCGUCGCGCUCGCGGGCAUCGGAGUGUGGAGCUGCUUCGUGUGA